AUGAAGAAGUUGAGUUUCUUCACAGAGGAUCUAUGGGCUAUUAUACUUGCGAGAUUACCACUAGUAACCAUCACCACUUCAAAACUAGUAUGCAAGCAAUGGAAGUCCAUCAUCGAAUCAUCGUUUUUCAGACAGAUUUUUCUGUCUCAUCAUCAAAACUCGCACUCUUCAUGGUCUCUCAUGUGCAGAAAUCAACCACCGGAAGAAGUCGUGUCUUACUACGGAUGCAAAGUUUGGGGACUUCAACGAUCUCUUGCCUCUUACGUCUCCUCUUUCAUAGCCGCGAGAUUAGAAGCGAAGAAUAAAAUUCCUACUCCACCUACUUGGCUUCUAGGGUUUGAAACAGAGAAAUCAUUGCUUCGUGAGGUAUUUUGGUUCGUUGAAUCAGAUGUAUUCAGACAGGCUGGACUUGUCACGAGAACUAAAGACGGUGUCGUUUUAGGUUUCAAAGUUGUUCUGGUCAGAACAAGAUCCAAGAACACUGAAUGUUCUUUAACGUUCAUUAUAUAUUCAUCAGAGACAGGCUUGUGGAGUAAAAUUCUCCACUCUCCUCUCCCUUUGAUUAGCCUGGAUCUUCUUGAACCGGCGGUAAGCUUGAGCGGGAACCUUCACUGGUUAGGCCUCAAUCUUGACCAUCAAGAAGUUGUUGUGUCCUACGAUUUCUACGGUUCUGAUCAUCAGUGCCGAGUUAUACCGUUCCCUGAUUUGGAAAAAGAACCCAAGUUCAUAAGAUCGUGCACAACUUCCGGAGGUAGUCUCAUGUAUAUGAACAUAUUCUCCGAAAGCGUGUACCACAAGCUAAUUGUAUGGAAGCUAAUGGACCGCGAAUGGCAACUAGUAUCUGCACUGAUGGGUUUCGAUUAUCUUCCCCUGGCGAUAAACCCUUUUGAUGGUAAUACAUUGUACAUGUGGAGGGCGAUGCAAGAUUCUUUGGCAUCCAUUAACUUGCGCAAUGGGAGUUUUGAGCUUCACAAUGAGCUGGAACGUAGCAGGGAUGGUCGGACUCUGAGCUCUGUAGAAUACAAUCGAGAGAUGGUCACAAUGGAAUACCUAUCACAAUCAUGUUUUGCGAUGUUUGUUCUUCCACGGUGGUUGUAUCGAAUCCCUAGCCCGCCACACCAUGUUGACAAGAGUUUAUAG